AGUCCAAUCUAGUAGCGUGCCAGCGAGUGUCUGCAACAGUUGGCUCCACCUGGACAGAAAAAAUGGCUAGUCAUACGAUGGCAGGACAGGUGAACACAGACAGCAAGGAUACCCUAGGCGAUGCGGAGUACAAGAAGCGCGAAGCCAGCUGGCCGCUCGUGCUCUGGUACAUCCAUGUCUAUAUACUGGGCGGCUAUGGCAUUUAUGUAACAUUUACGACCGCCUUAUGGUCAACGAUAUUAUUCACUGCUCUGCUCACCUCGCUGGGCAUACUGGGCGUAACGGUGGGCGUGCAUCGAUUGUGGGCACAUCGCACCUUCACAGCAAAUACUCCGUUACGCGUGUUCCUCAUGCUCUGCCAGACGCUGUCCGGCCAGGGCACCAUUUACAGUCGCGUGCAGGCGCAUCGGCUGCAUCACGCGCAUUUCCAGCAGGACGAAGAUCCCUAUUAUAGCAAACAUAGCUUUCUGUAUGCUCAGUUACAUGGAAAUCUGUUCAAGUACUCGCAGCAACAGGAGCAGCUCUUGAAGGCCGUGGACAUGUCCGAUGUGGAAAAGGACGAAAUUGUCAUGUUCCAGAAGCGUUACUAUGUGCUGCUCUACAUUCUGAUCAAUGUGCUGAUGCCCGUGAACACGCCGUUCCAGUACUUUGGCGAGGCACUGAGCAACUCCUUGUUCAUGGGCUUCUGGCUGCGCAGUUUGAUUGUGUUGAAUGUCGGAAACCUCGUGAACUCGGCGCAUUUCAUUUGGAGCAUACACAAGGGCUUCAAGCCCACUGACUCCAAUAGCAUAUUCAUCAUUACGAAAUCGUUCUGGCCCCAGUACCACUAUCUGCUGCCCAACGACUAUCUGAGUGGCGAGUUUGGCGACUAUGCCAGCGGCACCGGCUCCACCAUGAUCCGUCUUUUUGCUGCCCUCGAUUGGGUCAGGGAUCUGCACACCAUCUCCUCGGAGGCGGUGCGCAGAGGCUUAACGGAGGCCGUCGAGCACAAUCGUCCCAUAGUCGAAUGCAUCAAGGAGCACGUACAGCGCGAGGAGAGUACACGCCCCACCAAUCAUUUUCUCAAUCGCGACAAGUUCAUGUGAGGCGCAAACAGUGGAAUUAAAGUGAUGGCAUUCUAUAAUAAGCAAUUACCGAUUGGUAAAGCUAUUAUUGUUACUAUUUGUUUAUUAGCAACAAUAGUGUAUUGAUUAAACUGAAUAUACUUUUUAGAUGGAGCAUAACUCUAGGGGUAAUUA